AUGUCAAGAGAGACUCGAGAUACUUCAGUUAAUCGUGGUUUUUCAAUGACCCUUCAAAAGAAAAGUAAUAAAAACAAUAAAACAACAAAAAAUUCAGAAAAGAGAAUCUUUGAUAAUUUUGAACCCGAAAAGUUUAAAAAAAGACGUAUCACGGAUGCCACCUAUGACAACGACAACAAUUACGAUGACUUGGAUCAAUCUUCAAAGAUUGAAUUAGUUACAGGCUUUGAAGAUAAUAAAAUACAAAGUCUAUAUAAUAAUAAAAAGAAGGAUACAAACGGACAGUUAAUAAUUCCGGCUUUAAAAAAUGUCGAUUGGGUAGAACGAAAUAAAUCUCUUUACUACUUACCUCCUUCUCAAAAUAAUAAUGAUGACAACGUAAUAAAAACUUCAACCACUGAAACAUUGAAUAAUAAUAAAGAAUCAACAUCAUAUGGAUUGAAUUUUGAAACAAAGAAAGAGAAAUUAUCCGAUCAAGAAGCUUUUCGACGUGAAGUUGAGAGAUUACCUGAUGAGACUGAUAUUGAUUACGAUAGUGUUCCUAUCGAAGAAUUUGGUUUGGCAAUGCUUAGAGGUAUGGGUUGGAAACCAGGAAUGGCAAUUGGAAAAAAUCAAAAUUCAAAAGCGAAGGAAUUAUAUGAACCAAAACCUCGUCCUACUCAUCUUGGAUUAGGUGCUUCUCCACUUCCACUUCCAAAAAAUCACGAUGAUAGUAGAAGUUAUUCUAGAAAACACCAAGUAUUUAAAGAUAAUUCGGAUAUCGAAAAUUGGAUACAAGAAUUAGAAAAAACGAAUGGGAAUAGAAGCCGAAUAUUACCAGAUCAUUCAACAUCAAAGAAAUUUUCUUCUUCAUUAGAAAAUACAUCAGAAAAAACAUCAAAAGUAGUGAAAAUGAAAGAGAAUAAUAAUGAAAUUUCUAAUCAAAUAAUAAUAAUAAUUCAGAAUAUUAAAUUUAAGUUGGAAUCGAGUAUUCAAACUGGAAAUUUUGAUAAAGUCAAAGAAAUUUUACCAGAAUUUAAUAGUUUGAUGAAAUUACCACAUAUUCAGCUUCACGAAGUUUUUGAUAAUUUAGGUUUGGUAGAAUUGAAUGAUGGUGAUGAAAUUUUGACUAUUUUAUGUAACGACAUAAUACAACCGCCUCCACAAUUAGAAGUGAUUUUGAGAACAAUUGAAAGUGGAUUAGAUCAAAAUUCGCUGGUUACCUUAUUAACUGAAAUGUUUUCUGAAUCUCAAUCUCAUCCAACAUUCAACAUCGACAACAACAAUAUUGAUAACACUAUUAUCGAUGAUGUCCCUCAUUCCCUUUCUUUACCUCAAUCUCCCUGGAAUGAUUCAAUGAUUGAAAUUAUUUUCACUUUAAUAAAAAUUUUAGAAAAGAUUUUAGAAAUUGUUAAAAAAUCAAAAGCUUUUGUUAAAAAAGAAAGUAAAAUAAUGCCAGUCCAACAAACUCCUGUGACAGUUGAUGAACUUAUUCAGUUUAUUUCAAAUCAUAGCGAUGGAAUAGAGUCCGUCUCUAAGCAUAUUGCUCCUAUGUUAAAACAACUUCCACAGCAGUUCUUUUUACAGGGUACAUUGGAGAAUCGAGAUCCUCUGGAUCUUUUUGAUCAAAAUUUAUGUAGUUUGGCUUACUUAUACUUUCUCUCUGCCCGGUGUAAUAUCGAAAGGCCGAAUGCUGCGCAAUUAUUACAAUACAUUCUUAAUUUUUUACAAUCAUUCGAUCCACAACAAGUUCGUUUGGUUCCCGAAAAAUUUCUUCAAGUUGUACAAGGAUUUUGCAGAAUAGCGGGUCUAUAUGGAAACAGUGUCAUCGCUAUUAAACCUCUCGCGAACGCUCUUAAAAGAUAUGCUCUUUCACCAAAUCAUUUGACGAACGUACAUCAAUUUUUCGUUAAGCAAGCAUUACAAAUCUUGCAAAAUGAUAUUACUGAAAUAGAAACUGCGGGAACAAAUAUAUGUUAUGUGGAUCAUCUAUUAUAUCAUUAUUAUGGUGCGAUGAUAUAUAUAGGAUUAAAAAAUUAUGAAAGAGCUUUUUAUUUUUUAAAACUGGUUAUAUCUGCACCUGCACAAGUUACAAGUCAGAUUCAAAUUGAAGCAUAUAAAAAAUAUAACUUGAUUUCUCUCCUUUUACAUGGAAAAGUUGCACCACUUCCCAAAUACACUGCAACAAUGGUCUUUCGUUCAAUUAAAAAUCAUUGUCAAGCUUAUCAAGAUUAUGCAGCAGCAUUUGAGAGUUUGAACGUGAAACGACUACGUAACGAAUUCAAUAAAUGGGCAGACGCUUUUAGAAAAGAUAGAAAUCUUGGUUUAGCGAAACAAACACUUGAUGCGAUUUAUCGGAGAAACAUUCAACAAUUAACUCAAACCUAUUUAACUUUAUCAUUGGCCGAUAUUGCUGAAGCGGUUGGUUUGGAAGAAAGCAAUGCCUCCAAAGUAGCCGAAACUUAUGUUCUUCGAAUGAUUGAAUCUCGUGAAAUAUUCGCUACGAUCAGUCAUUCUCAUCAAAACGGAAUGGUAUCUUUUCAUGACAAUCCAGACAUGUAUAACACUUCUUUAACCAUUAAUCACCUCGAGGAACAAAUCGCGAAAGCGACCAAAGUAAGUGAACGUGUUAUUAAAACGGAUCGAGAAAUCGGACGUAGUAAAGAUUAUCUUGCAAAGGUAAGAAAAAAUCAACAUUUACUCGCUAGCGGUGGGGCAAUCCCUGGUGGAUUGGGUCCAGGCGAAGACCCCGAGUUCUUAGGGGCAGGUAGCGGUUUCGAUACAUUUAUUGAUGAUGGAAAAUAUUUUGGGAAUGCGUUUAGAGAUCAAGACUUUCAUCCAACCGAGACUUGGUUAUUAUCUAGUUUGUAUAAUGGCAAUGUUUAUAUUUGGAAUUAUGAAUCACAGGCUUUAGUGAAAACUUUUGAAGUGACUGAUGUACCAGUUCGUGCAGCAAAAUUUAUUGCUCGCAAGAAUUGGCUUAUUACUGGAUCAGAUGAUAUGCAAAUACGCGUAUUUAAUUAUAAUACACACGAAAAAGUCACAACGUUUGAAGCUCAUCCUGAUUAUAUUCGAUGUAUCGCUAUACAUCCUACUCAACCUUUCGUAUUGACUGGUUCUGAUGAUAUGACAGUUAAAUUAUGGGAUUGGGAGAAAGGAUGGAAAUGUAUUCAGAUAUAUGAAGGUCACACACACUACGUUAUGAAUAUAAAUUUUAAUCCAAAAGAUUCAAAUACUUUUGCAUCCGCAUGUUUGGAUCGUACAAUAAAAGUUUGGUCGCUUGGAUCGGCGGUAGCAAAUUUUACACUUGAAGGACAUGAUAAAGGAGUGAAUUGGGUAGAUUAUUAUCAUGGUGGUGAAAAACCUUAUUUAGUAUCAGCCGCCGAUGAUAAACUUGUUAGAAUUUGGGAUUAUCAAAAUAAAACUUGUGUUCAAAUUUUAGAAGGACAUACUCAAAAUGCUGCAUUUGCAUGUUUUCAUCCCGAAUUACCAAUCAUUAUUUCGGGUAGUGAAGAUGGAACGGUUAAAAUUUGGCACUCUAAUACUUAUCGAUUAGAAAAUACUUUAAAUUAUGGUUUAGAACGAGCUUGGACAGUUGCUUAUCAAAAAACCAGCAAUAAUGUUGCCUUUGGAUAUGAUGAAGGAGCCGUUUGUGUCAAGUUAGGACGAGAAGAGCCAGCAGUAAGCAUGGAUAAUUCAGGAAAAAUAAUUUGGGCCAAACAUAGUGAAAUUCAAACUGCUAAUAUAAAGGCUACCCAUGAUGAUAAUGUCAAGGAUGGAGAUCGUUUACCAUUACCAGUUAAGGAUUUAGGUAGUUGUGAAGUGUACCCUCAAACACUUCAACAUAGUCCGAACGGAAGAUACGCUGUACGAGAGUCCACAAACAAAAUUAGACUUUAUAAAAAUUUUAAAGAGAGAACUAAUGCUUUGAAAGUGAAUUUUCCAGCCGAUGGGAUUUUUGGAGGUACUCUUUUGGGUGUUAAAAGUUCCUCCUUUUUGAAUCUAUAUGAUUGGGAAACAGCUACUGUCAUUAGAAGAAUUGAUGUUAUUCCAAAAAGUGUACAUUGGUCAGAUAUUGGAGAUUUGGUGACUAUUGCUUGUGAAGAUUCUUUCUAUGUAUUAAGGUUUAAUCGACAAGCGUAUGUACAGUUCAUAGAAAAUGGUGGUGAGGUAGGUGAAGAAGGAGUAGAAGAAGCUUUUGAGUUUGUAACCGAGAUUCCUGAAAGCAUUAAAACAGGUACAUGGGUUGGCGAUUGUUUUAUAUACACAAAUACAGUAAAUCGUCUUAAUUAUCUCGUGGGGGCUCAAACAUUUACAAUAAGCCAUUUUGAUACAAACAUGUAUUUAUUGGGGUAUAUCCCAAGGGACAAUCGUAUAUAUUUGGCUGAUAAAGAUGUCAAUGUUUUUAGUUAUGCUCUUUCUUUAACCGUUAUUGAAUAUCAAACUGCAAUUCUUCGGAACGAUCUUGAAACUGCUGAAGAAUUGCUUCCUUCCAUCCAUAAUGAUCAAAGGAAUCGAAUCGCAAGAUUUUUGGAGAGUCAAGACUUAAAAAAACUUGCACUAGAAGUUUCUACAGAUGUAGAGCAUAAGUUUGAUCUCGCUAUACUGCUCAACAAACUUGAUGUUGCUGUAGGAAUUGCACGUGAAGUUGAUACUGAUUCUAAAUGGAAGACUGUUGGUGAUUCAGCCUUAAAUUCAUGGAAGUUUUCUUUAGCAGAGGAAUGUCUCAAAAAAGCUAAAGAUAUGAGUGGAUUAUUAUUAUUAUACACUGCUUCCGGAAACUCUAAAGGUAUAAAGGAAUUAGCCGAACUAGCUGCGAAAGAAGGAAAAAAUAAUAUAGCGUUUGCAUCUUAUCUACAACUUGGUCAAGUUGAAGAUUGUAUAGAAAUAUUAAUUCAAACUGAUCUUUCAAGAAUAGUUAAAUUAUGGAAAGAAUUACUCGAAAAAGGUAAUAAAAAGAAAGCGGCAGAAGCUUUAGCAGAUCCAGCAGAUUAUGAGAAUUUAUUUCCAGAUUUUAAAUAUUCUCUCAUUGCCGAGGAACUUGCCAAGAAAUCUCGUAAUAAUUUAAUCCCUGCCACAGCAUAUGUGGAUUAUAAAGAUGCACUUGAACAAGACGAAAAAUAUCCCGAUGGAAAUUUAUCAUCAAACCUUGCAACUCCUAUACAAAACCGUCUAGUAAAUAGUAUUAGAAAUGUUAAUGGUGAAAUGGAUGAUGAUGUUUUAUCUUCAGUCGCUUCAGUAGCUUCAGUUGACGAUGAACGUGAUAACAUGAGUCUUCUGAGUAUGGAAGGGGGACGUUGA